AACCACAAUUCUACUCAAGUUUGGAUUAGAAUAAUGGGUCCCUGUUCUUAGUUAGAUGUCGUGUUUGGGAGAAAAAAGAAAAAAUGCGGUCCAUUCCUACCACAUGCGUUUGGAACGCUGAAUUAAUUGCCUAAAAAGACAAUCUAAGACUUCGGUGGGAUCUAGGUUACCUUCCCUUCUCCUUUCACACACCCAGAUUCAAACUCGCUCUGGAAUUCUCUUCUGUUUGGAUCUGAACAAAACAUGUUCCUCUUUGACUGGUUCUACGGCAUUCUAGCUUCCCUUGGGCUUUGGCAGAAAGAAGCCAAGAUUCUCUUUCUGGGUCUAGAUAAUGCCGGAAAGACCACCCUUCUUCACAUGCUCAAAGACGAGAGAUUAGUUCAGCACCAGCCUACCCAACACCCCACUUCGGAGGAAUUGAGCAUUGGGAAGAUCAAGUUUAAGGCUUUUGAUUUGGGGGGUCAUCAAGUUGCCCGCAGGGUCUGGAAAGACUAUUAUGCAAAGGUGGAUGCGGUAGUUUACCUGGUUGAUGCCUAUGACAAAGAGAGGUUCGCAGAAUCAAAGAAGGAGCUUGAUGCCUUGCUUUCAGAUGAAUCAUUGGCAAAUGUUCCAUUUCUUGUGCUAGGCAACAAGAUUGACAUUCCAUAUGCUGCAUCAGAAGAUGAACUACGAUAUCAUCUAGGCCUUACCAAUUUCACCACAGGAAAAGGCAAGGUCAAUCUCACAGAGUCCAACCUUCGGCCUCUCGAAGUGUUCAUGUGCAGCAUUGUGCGCAAGAUGGGAUAUGGUGAUGGCUUUCAGUGGGUCUCUCAAUAUAUCAAGUAGAUUUUGGCAUCAUUUCUCCCUUGGUCAACUAGCACUGUCUGCAGUUACAUCAGAAGAGGUUUUAUCUUUGUUUUUGUUUUUGAUGAUUUCAUUUUGAUUGGAUUAUUUGAUACAACUGCAGUAAUGUUAUGUGUUACAAUUUGUAUGUUUAGAUAUUUUCUCUUGUGGGGUAGAGGAUAAUUUCUGUUGAAACACUGGAUUCUGUUGUAGGAUGUGUAUGAUUGGGGAGAAUCACAAUAAUAAAUCUGGAGAAGUGUUAUUCCACUUUCUUCCCCAACGAUUUUGACUGGAAA